AUGCAGGAGAAAACCGCAGUUCUACUCAUUGACCCCCUCAAUGACUUUUUGCAUCCCGAGGGAAAGAUCUAUGCUCGUGUCAAGGAGAGCAUUGAUGCCACCGACACAGUCAACAACCUCCAGAAGUUCGUCAAAGUUGCUCGAGGCAACAAACUUCCUAUCCUGUACUGCCAGCACAAGCUAUAUGAAGAAGGCCAAUUCGAAGACUGGAAUCACAUGACCAGGAGUCAUGUCUCUACGGAGCAAUCGAAGGCUUUCUUAGCAGGAAGCUUUGGAGCGGAGAUUCUCAAGGGACUUGAGCCAGAUCGAAACAAUGGCGAUGCAAUUGUGUCGCGUCACUGGAACAGCAGCUCUUUUGCCAAUACCGAUCUUGACUACCACCUUCAUCAGCGAGACAUUACGCACGUUGUCUGCGCUGGAAUGGUCGCCAACACCUGUCUGGAGGCCACUGCCCGCUGGGCUGUCGAAUUGGGAUAUCAUGUCACAAUUAUAAGCGAUGCAACUGCCGGAUUUUCCACUCAGCUGAAGGAUGCCGCUGUAAACAUUAUCUGGCCUACUAUUGUGGAUGAGGUGCUGAGUGUGGAUGAGUGGUCCGAGAAGCUGAACAAGACAGCCUAA